AUCUUUUCUUUUCAUUCACUGAUUCAUUCCAAGACUUCAGAAGGUAUUUCCUUUGUCCAUCGAAUUCGUUUUCUUCCUCCAAAGUCUCUCUUUUUGUCCUCAGAUUCAUAAGUUCUCAUGGCUUCUGAAACUGAAGCACCCGAAAUUUCUUCUUUGUUUGAAAGGUUGUUGAGGCAAAGAGACCUCUAUUUCUUUCUACCUUUUAUCUUGGGUGUCUCCAACAAUGUUUCAAGAGAAAACAGUGAAGACCCAGAUCAAGAAACAUCACAGGAAACAACUUCCCGACGUGAAAGAAUAGUUCUCAUCAACCCAUUUACUCAAAGCAUGGUGGUGAUCGAAGGAGACUCCAAUUUGGAGGCUUUGUUACGUGGUCAGGCUAACAAAGAUGGCCAGCCGCCUGCUUCCAAGGCAUCCAUAGAAGCCAUGCCAAGUGUGGAAGUCGAUGAAAGUGAAUAUGGGGAGUGUGUUGUUUGCUUGGAAGAGUGGAAGCCUGGUGAGGUGGCAAAGGAGAUGUCUUGCAAGCACAAGUUUCAUGAUAGGUGCAUAGAGAAGUGGCUUGGAAUUCAUGGGACAUGCCCUGUUUGCAGGUAUAAGAUGCCUGUUGAUGAAGAAGAGAUGGGCAAGAAGAGAGAUGAGCAUAGGAGGGAGAUUUGGGUUAGUUUUUCGUUAAACGAUAGUAGGAGAAGCGAGGAUUCAAAUCAACUUCCCUCAACCGAUUCUAGUAAUGUCUCUUCUAUAAGUCCUAGGCCUGAUGGCAAUCAUGAAAUGGAGAGUUAGAAGGAUUGUGUUAGAUACUUGUUUUUCCUUUUGUUUCCCUUCAUUUCAAUUUUCUUUUGAUUUACCCCCAUCUUUGUGGGAAAAUCAUGCUCAAAGAGAUACUUGUCUUCUCCAAAUAUGUGAUUAUAAAUAAAUUCAUGUUUCUGUUAGUGCAAA